GACGCGGUGCGCAUGUGCAGAAGCUUCCGGCCGUGCUCUGAUGCCUUUUGUCCCCGCGGACAUGGUUGGACGCGGUGCGCAUGCGUGGAAACUUCCGGCCGCGUUCUGAUGCCUUUUGUCCGCGUGGAGCCGCCAUGGUCGGUCGCGGUGCGCAUGUGCAGAAACCUCCGGCCGCGCUCUGAUGCCUUUUGUCCCCGCGGAGCCGCCGUAGUCGGUCGCGGUGCGCAUGCGUGGGGUCGCCAUGGAGUCGGAGGGUCCCUCUGAGCCGGGUUUCGUGGGGAUCCGCUUCUGCCAGGAGUGCAACAACAUGCUGUACCCCAAGGAGGACAAGGAGAGCCGUGUGCUGCUUUACGCGUGCCGCAACUGCGACUACCAGCAGGAGGCCGACAGCAGCUGCAUCUACGUCAACAAGAUCACGCAUGAAGUGGAUGAACUCACGCAGAUCAUCGCUGAUGUCUCCCAGGACCCUACGCUGCCGCGCACUGAGGACCACCCCUGCCAGAAGUGUGGACACAAGGAGGCUGUUUUCUUCCAGUCGCACAGUGCAAGAGCUGAGGAUGCCAUGAGGCUCUACUAUGUCUGCACAGCCCCGCAUUGUGGCCACCGCUGGACCGAGUGAUGCCUGUGUCCCUGAGUCUGGCUGUCAUCCCCCAAACAGCUGUUGACUCCUGUACAACCCCUUCCACCUGCCAAAUUUCUUCUCUGUACCUGCCAGAAUGGCAUUUGCAUACAAAAAAAAUGGUUGACUUUUG